GUGUUGAUAAAUGAUAAUGCAACGUAAACAAAGUAAAUGCUUGUGCAUAUUAUCCUUGUUUUAACCGGGUUUGUUAAAUGGAUUUAACUAUGUAAUAUAUUUAUUAACGUUUAAUGAACAAUUUUAAGUUCAAGGUAGUAAGUCUUAGUAGGUUUUAUCAACGCUAAAUUACUUUUCUUUGACCAUACGUUUCACGCCCAGAAGCAAUGAUACACGGAUCUGCCAUCGAAGUCUGCCAGUGAAGUAAAAACGGAAUUUAGAGUAUUUAAGGGUAAUAAUAAUCAUUAAAUUUAGAAAAAAAAAAUUAUUUUUAUCUUUUGUCUUGAACAUAUCAAUCACACUGCCUGAAUGAUUGCAGUUAAAAAAAAAAAGUGAAACCAUGUCAAUUGGGUGAAGUUAUUUACUGAAGUCUGAACUAAUAUAACUGCCUAAAGAAGAAACAGAUACCAUUGUAGUCUCCUGUAACUUUAUUUGGUCACGAUGACUUUUUAGUAAUGAAAACAGUCAUGGGGCAAGAUCUGGAAUUGAAAGUCCACUAGAAGAGGAUUUGGAAAAAGGAAGUCAUCUUUCAGGAUAUGCAGAUCAAUGGUGGUUGCUGGAAAGCAUGACUUUCUGAAGUAGAUCUGAUGAAACCAAGAUGAACUGCAAUCAAGAAAAGAUGAUAUUCAUGUCUGAUAGUAAAGACUCCAAGAACUUCACAAAUGACUGGGCAAUGGAUGGUGAAAAAAUUAAAAUGCAGCAAACAUUUGACCUUGAAGAGAAAAUUAAAAGUGAUAAGUUCACUCAGUGUUUUGUCAAGGAGAUGCAGGGAGUUGAUUUUAAUGUUUCUUACCUCCAGACGCAUGGUUUAAAUAUGCCACUUCUUUUCCGUGAGAAAAGUGGCUUGGGUCUUCGAGUUCCAAGUCCUCAUUUUUCAAUGAAUGACCUACGGAUGUGUGUGGGUUCCCAGCGAGUGCUUGACGUUGUGGACGUGAAUACGCACAGAGGCCUGGAAAUGACCAUGAAGGAGUGGCAGAAAUAUUUCGAAGAUCCUAACAAAGACAGGUUAUUGAACGUUGUCCCGUUGGAAUUCAGCCACACCAAACUACAAAAUUACGUAGAAGCGCCAACAAUUGUGCGAGAAAUUGAUUGGGUGGACUCUGCCUGGCCAAAACAUUUAAAAGAGGCUCAAGGGAUGUCUCUUAAUGGGUUGGAUGACAUGAUGUACCCACAGGUACAGAAAUACUGCAUUAUGUCUGUGAAAGGGUGCUAUACUGAUUUCCAGAUUUGUUUUGGAGGCACGUCUAUGUGGUACCACAUCUUCAAAGGUAGCCAGGUUUUGUGGCUUGUGCCACCAUUUGAGCUGAACACGCAGCUCUACGAGCGGUGGGUGCUGUCAGGAAAGCAGCCGGAUGUGUUCUUCGGCGACACGGUGGAAAAGUGCGGGCGCGUCACGCUCUCCGCGGGGCACACGCUCUUCAUCCCGACAGGCUGGAUCCACGCCUGCUACACCCGGGCUGACACGGUCGUGUUCGGGGGCCGCUUCCUCCACUCCUUCGCCGUCGAGAAGCAGCUGAAGGUGGCGCGGCUGGAGGACUCGAUCCGCGUCCCGCGCAAGAUGCGGUACCCGCUCUUCACCGAGAUGCUGUGGUACGUGCUGGAGCGGUAUGUGCACAGCCUGCUGGGGAGGUCCCACUUGCUCGAGUCUGAAGAUGUGGAGUACGCUCAUCCGGUCUCUCUCGGGCGUGUGCAUCUCACCCCUAUGGAGCUGCAUGGUUUGAAGGCCAUAGUGAUGUACCUCCACUCGCUGCCCACUGCCAAGAAGAAUGUCCCGAUGCUGAUCAAAGACCCGAUAGCCCUCAUCAAGGACGUGAGGACAGUCGUGGAGCAGCACCGCUAUGAUGAUCCAGAGCUCGCAGUGACGGGAGUGCCGGUGCUUCGCAGCUUCUACGACGGCGACAAGGACCGCUUGCGAGUGGACCACCACAGGAGCGGGGGCGGUCGUGGGACCCUGCAGGCGGGCCCCCGGCAGCCCAAGGGGGCGCGCGCGGGGCCCGGCAAGGCGCCGGCGGGCGCGAUGGGCCCUCGCAGGAGGCGGACGCGCUGCAAGAAGUGCGAGGCCUGCGUGCGCAGCGACUGUGGGGACUGCUCCUACUGCCACGACAUGGUCAAGUUCGGCGGCCUGGGCCGUGCCAAGCAGACCUGCGUCAUGAGGCAGUGCCUGCAGCCAAUGCUGCCUGUUACUGCAACAUGUGAGAUGUGUGAUUUGGAUGGGUGGAAACAGCAAGUUGCAGUGCCAAUCCAGAAAAAUGUGAGAGAUGUUCCGAGUUCCUUGAUGGAAUGUUCUGUGUGCUAUGAAAUCAUCCAUCCUGACUGUCUGGCCAAAAGGUAUCCAGACCAAGAUGGUGUGUUAAAUGAAGAUCUUCCUAAUAGUUGGGAAUGUCCAAAAUGUUGUAAGGAAGGAAAAAAUGUGGAAUACAGGCCUCGGCAUUUCCGCGCUCGACAGAAGUCAUGCGAUGUACGCAACGUUGGCAGUGAUAACAACUCAAUGACAGACAGCAAAGAUGGCAUCAAGUCUGAAAUUAUGGAUUGUGAUGCAGAAGUUGAUGAUUCGUUUAACCCCGCAUCAGCUACACUCCAAAGCAACAUUAUUCCUGUGAAACGCCCAAAACUUGAACAAGAACUGUCACCAAGUGAGCCUUCGAACUGUGACGAAAGGACCGCUUCUCCACCGAACGUGGGCAACGGCCUGGAAGACGCGGCGGUCAACAACGGGAUGGGCGGGGGGGCAGAGCCACGGAAGCUGGCGUUGAGGACGCAGCUGGCCCAACAGCUGGUGGGGAACAGCAGCAAGCUGCUGAAGAAGCCCAGCUACGUGGUGAGGCCGGCACCGGCGGUGAGCCGCUGCGGAGGCGCCAUGGUGCACACGUACUGGCGGGGCGUGAAGGUCCCGGCGACGGGGGACCUCGCGCUGGAGAGGGACUGCGUGCUGCCAGUGUUCCAGAGACUCGGCGCGGCGGAGCUAGCGCGGUGCGCGCUGGUGUGUCGAGCGUGGGCGCGCAUCAGCGUGGACCCCAGCCUGUGGCGUCGCAUGGACCUCUCGCACAAGACGGUGACGGCGGCGCACCUGGCCGGGAUCGUCCGCCGCCAGCCCGACACGCUCGUCCUGGACUGGAGCUCCGUGACCGGCCGGCAGCUGGGGUGGCUGGGCGGGCGGCUGCCGCAGCUGCGCGAGCUGUCGCUGCAGGGCUGCGCGGGCUCCAGCGUGGGGGCCCUGAAGACGUGCGCCUGCCCCCCGCUCUCGUCCCUGGACCUGAGCUUCGUGUCGGGCCUGAACGACGCCUCGCUGCGGGAGGUGCUGAGCCCCCCGCCGGACUCCAGGCCGGGCCUCGUGGACGGCAAGUCCCGGCUGCGCUCCCUGACGACGCUGAGGCUGGCGGGCUGCGACGUGUCGGACAUCUCGCUGCGCUACGUGACGCAGCACCUGCCCCUGCUGGCGGCCCUGGACGUGUCGUCCUGCUGCAGGAUCACGGACGCAGGGGUGGCCCAGCUGGCCACGCCGCCGGCGCCCACCAUGGACACCCUGCGCGUGCUGGACCUCUCCAGCUGCCGCCUGCUCACGGACGCCAGCCUGGAGCACCUGGCCCGCUGCGACGGCCUCGCCAGGCUGGACCUGCGGCACACCCCCAACGUCACCGCCGCCGCCAUCGCCAAGUUCGCCGUGCAGAGCCGCCACGACCUCAAGGUCAUGGAUGGUAAGCUCAUAGCUAAACGGCCGGCCUCGUAAAACUUAUAGGAGUGGGGCUGCAGACUUGAAUCCUGACAUCAAUAGCUCUAGUGUUUGAAAACAGACAAAUUUGUCAAGUUUCUAACUUAUUUACAAGUAUUAAGGGUCAGACUCCCACGCCAUGUUGAUUUUUUGGUUUUUUCAACCUACUUAUUUAAGGGCUAUUUAUAAAAUUUUAACUCGAUACCUCCCUUACAUUUUUUGUUAUGCCACAAAUUUUUUUCAAGUUAGUUAAUAUAAUGGGUGUAAAAAUGUAUUCAAGUCUUCUUAAUUAGAGCCCGUCUACAAUAGUCCGAACCUGUGCGUGGUCCGUGUCCUUAUCCGAAUGUGAGUGACGUCACAUUGUCUCACCGAAAACUGCCCUGUCCACAUUUGCGAUGUCCGAUGUCCGAAUGUAUUGAUUUAUAAAGUUGUUACCAGAGCGCAGUAAAUGUGCCAAACCAAAUGUUUUUGUAUAUUGUUUUGAUGGUUUGUUGUUUGAGAUUGAACUUAUGAAAGUUGUGGGAGUUCAAUAUUAUAUAUUUAUUCAGUAAGGCAAAGUGGCUCUUCUUGACUUAGAAUUUCCUUCCAUUUCCUUCAAUAACAAAAACAAACACCACGUUUUCAAACGGGAACCGGAAAUUCAAAUAUUGUGAGUGUUCUGUUCUUUUUCUGUGUCCGAAGUACACAGGUUGGGACAAAAAGUUCAAAUUGACGAAUGUCUUCAGACCAGGUAGGUUCGGACCUUCGCCCACUUGACGCAUGACGUCAGAGGGUCACGUGGACCAAUCAGCGACGAGUUUCCUUUGGACACAGUUUAGGACAUUGCUAUUGUAGACCUUUAUCAUCACUUGCAGAACUUUUUGCACCUAUGAUAUUACACUAAGUCAGAGCUGAUAAGUGUUACAUAAAAUUCUAUGGUUAUUACUGAUUCAGACAUCCCAUUACAGAAUUACGGAGUGUUUUUUGUUUAUCAUGGACACGAAAAAAUUGAACUAGGAGUUCAAAAUAGCAGUUGUCUAGUUCUCUGUGACAUUCUCAGGAUAAUGCAAUACAUUUUGAACCAUAAAAUCUCACGCAUUUAGUCGAUUAGCAAUGUGUAUGGAAUGAUACUUUUAGUAUUCUAUAAGUUUUCAACACAAUAAUUUUGGUAAAUGUGGGUAAUUUAUGUUUUGGCAAAAUUGGAAAGGUAAACUAGUUUGGCAACACCAGCACUGGAGACAGAACAAGUUCAUACAGUUGUGUUUUCUUUUGUGUUACCAUUGUUUGAUGUAAAAUGAUAAAAUCUACAUCCACAUCUACAUCUAGCUGCAAAAAAAUUGUUCAUAAGUAUCGUGCAAGUUACAUGAAAGAGUGACUGUGUGUAGUUCCUUUGAAAGUAUCAGAAAGUCAUGUAUGCAGCUGUGAUUUUGUAAUCGCACAUGGGGGCUCGUGAUAACUGCCAACGCCACAUUGAGUCAAUAAAGUAUCAAGACUACAGUAAAGUGCUAUCUGUACACAAAAAAAGUGAAAAGUGGUGAAAGUGAGAGCACAAAAGCCGAACUGUUAUUUUCAUUGUUUCUUGUAAAACAUAAUAUUCCAUUGGCCGUUUCCAAUUAUGCUGGUAAUUUUUUUCUGGCUAUGUUUUCAGAUUCUAAAAUACAGUGAAACCUCUUUAAUACAAACCUGAAGGGACCUAAAAUUUUGCAGUUUGUAUUAACAGGUGCAUAUGCUCACAUUAAUAAUAAUAGACAAAAUAAAGUAUUGAUUUUUUACUCGAAAAUUAGUCAAAUAGAGAAUUAAAGAGGCUUGAAAAAUUCAUUGAUUUUUUCUGCACUUUUUUAGUUGCAUAAAUGUCCUUUACUGCACUGCAAAGUUUGUCGAAGGAAGACAAGACAUCAGUGUCUACAUCACUAGCAGCCAGAACAUUUUCCAAGACAAUUAAUGCUGAAGAAGCUUCAUUUCUGCUUGGAAGUUCGUGAACGUCAUCAUCCACAUCAUCACUCUCUUCUUCUUCUCCAUCUUCACAUACAACUGGAACAACUUUGUCCAGCUCACUUUCACAUUCAUUCAGUGGUGCAGCUUUUGUAUACACAUUAUUAUCAACAUGAACAUAAUCUUUGAAGUUGCCAGAAGCACCAUGUUGCUGAAGUUCUUCCCAGCCUUCCACUAGGUCUGAACUUUCAUCUUCGGGACUUUCAUCUGUUUUGCCAAACCCACUUUUGGCAAAACAGUUUUGGAUUGUUGCUGUUGAUACACUGUCCCAAGCCAUUGAAAUGUUUCUCAUUGCAUCCAACACAUUCCACCUUGGCUGAGAAGACUUCUGCAGCUCAAGCUGCCUAAUGAGGUACUUCACUAGACGUGUCCUGUAGAACCUCUUCACUGUGGCAAUGAUGCCCUGGUCCAGUGGUUGCAUGAAGCUGGUUGUAUUUGCUGGCAGGAACAUCAGUGUGACAUUAUUCAGCUGUAGCCCAUGAGAUGUAUGUGCUGCACAACGAUCUAACAAUAGAAGAACAUUUCUGUUCAGAGUUGCCAUCUUCCUGUCAAACUGGAUUAGCCACGACUGGAACAAUUUACUCGUUACCCAUGCAUUUUCAUUUGCUUCAUAAUCACAGGGCAGUCGAGCAGUAUCAAUACCCUUGAAACAUCUAGGUUUCAUUGACUUUGAAAUUACUAAAGGUUUCAGCUUUGUGAUACCAUCCUGGUUGCAGCACAACAAAACAGUAAUUCGUGCCUUGCUAUGUUUGCCACCAUGACAAGAUUCUCCUCUGAAGGCCCAUGUCUUGUUUGGAAGCAAGUUAUAAAAAAUUCCGGUUUCGUCCAUGUUAAAUAUGUCGCGUGGCGCAUUUUUAUUCAAAACUGGCUGCACAGAACCUAGCCAAUCAAGUGCAGCAUCUUUGUCCACAGCUGCACUCUCUCCACAAACAGCUUUAUAAACCAAAUUAUUUCGCUCCUUGAAUCGCUGCAACCAUCCAUUACUGCACUUAAAGUCAUCAAUUUUCAGUGUCAGUGCAAAAUAAUCUGCCUUUUGUUGGAUCAUUGGCCCGGACAUGGGUAUGUUACCAUCCCGCAUCUGAUGAAACCACUCCAGUAGCUUAUCUUCCAGUUCCUUGUGUUGAGGACCAUGCAUACGUUUUUUUCCCUUUGUACAACUACCACUCGCGCACGCUGCUUCUAAUUUUUCUCUCUUGCUCACUAUCAUCGAGAGAGUCGACAACGGUAUGUUGAAGGCUUUCGCGAUUUCCGUUUUAGACUUGCCGCUAUUGUCGAUGCUACUUAAAAUUUCCAUUUUUGCUGACAAAGAUAACUCGUUCCGUUUACGCUUCGCCAUUUUACAGCACGCUGGUUAGUUCAACAAAAGUAAACAGAUAAAAAAAAGUGUCAGAGUGACCAACCCAACAUCAUGCACCAUGAGUCCCGUAUGACAGCAUGUUCACCUCGGAGGACGCGGUAUUCAGUUGGAACAGCAGCAGCUAACGCGAGCAGUUCAUUAGUGUAAAGGGAGCCAUGUUCUUGGAACAGCCCAUGCGGCGUGUGGUUACGGUUUUGUAUUGUAACUCAGGUUAUUGUGGGCUUCUACUUGUUUGUAUUCUGUUUUUAAAAUGUGUAUAAUUCUUUAAAUGGGAAAUUUAUCUUUCAAAUAAAUAUUUUUCUAAUCAAGAUAUUAAUUUCAAUAAAAGCAAUUUCCUUUAAAUAGCCGCGUUCAUUCUAGUGCGUUUUCUACAGUUUGUAGCACUGCACUAUUUUCCUUUGUCUAUGAAAAAUAUGGUUGUUAACAAAACAAGACGUGGUCGUAAAAUGUUUGCUGUUCGAAGUACAGACCAUUUACCGUACAAAUUAUUUGCAGUUAACAGAAUUAUAGUGAAGCUGCGUGCACGUGAUUAAAGUGUGCGAUUCUUCUAAAAUUUCAUUCGGUUUAUCCGAUAAUAAAACAAUAGUACACUACGUGAGCGGACGUGAGGUUACUUCGUAAUACAUAAUAACGAAUAUUUCGUAUUAACCGUAUUGAUUGACAUUAAAUAUGCUAUCCCAGUCUGAAGGGGAAUUAAAAGUGUUCGAAUAAACGCGAACUUUGAAAUAACCGGUAUUUUAUUAACGAGGUUUCACUGUAGUUCAGAAGUAUGAAUGUUUACUGACCAAAACAUCUGCGUUAGUACAGUGCAUGGUAAAUCAAACUAUAAAAGAAAUUGCAUCAGUUUUGCAAUUUUCAACAUUUUUAUUAGCAAGUGAUGGCAGCACAGACAAAAAUGUGGUUAAUCUGUACCCAAUUGUGGUUUAAUUUUAUAGUGAAAAACUUAAAUCAGUUAUGUACUCUGUUAUCUUGGCUGGAAUCGUCGAACAACACAAUGGUUGGUGCAAACUGAGGAGUUAUUUUGUUUGCACAGUCAAAACACCCAUCCAUUUUUCUACUGCACUGUCCAUGCCACCUUAUCCUUUUGGUUGCUCAGAAAGCUUCAGGUUAGCUUUGUAUGAAUAUUGAAGUUUUUGGUACAGGUGUUUUACUUUUUAGAGAAGAGUUCUAAACAACAAAAUGCAUACCUUGAAACUACACUGCAGGAGUAAACCUCACAAAAUUUUAUUAGUACUGGGUGUCUUUCUCUUCUUGAAUCUGUUGAAAGGAAGUUAGAAUAGUGGGAACCUUAGAAACAUUUAUUUUUGUGAACCAGUCAGUUUUCUUGGUGUUAGCAGUUCUCAGUUUGAAAACAUCAAGUUAUUGAUGCAGAAUCCGUCUACAAAACUCUUUUGUCUGUUCCUUGAAACUACACUUCCUGCUGUGAAUAUUAUUUUUCCAGUGAUAAUAAUUCAUGAGUUGAAAUGAAAAUAGGUCUUUUCAAAGAUUUGUUAUUCGAUUUGUCAAGCCAUCUGUUUUACAGUUAUAUUCCACAUCCAUUAUUGAUGUUAACUUUGAAAAGAAGAAAAAAUUAGAAAGAUGACACUGAUUUGGUUAUUGGUUCAAAGUGUAGAGCAAAGUUAUAAGACUUACCAAGCCAGGUUGAUGCUCAAAAAUUCUAUUCUUCUGUGCAUGGUUUUUGUAUUAGAGCAUGUACACUAGAAUCCCGAUCUUACGAACCCUGGAUUUAACGAAGUAGUAAUUUUACGAAUACAUUCUCAGGAACCGUAGAAUACACGAUAAUUUUGACACCAAAAUAUAAUUAGAAUAAAUUCGAAAAAAUCAUAAUGACAGCUUUAUAAACUAAUAUUACUAUUUAACGCACAGUGUAUAUUUUGUGUGGGUUUUAAUAUUUUCAAUUAUGUUCCAAUAAGAACAAAAAAAAUCAGACAUUCCAUUAAAAAAUGCUGCAACGUAGCUUCUGCGACGUAAGUGGGAGCACAGAAAUUCAUACGGCUAGGCUGGCAGCAGCAGUGGCAACAUGAUGUCGUUAUUCUUACCUCUCCCUCUCAAACAACCUGCCACGUGAGAAAAUGUCAACAUUCUACACUCUCUGUACCACCUGUUAAGAAAGCCAAAAUACCACCCAUUGUUGUAUAUUCCAUUCCUGGUUAAAUACAGUCAAACCUCUCUGAAAUGAUCCCUCACGGUUCCCAGGAAUAGAGUCGUAAUAUAGUGGGGGUCGUAAUAGAUAUUUUCCGAAAUUUUCAGUUCAUUACAAACCCCCCCCCCCCCCUUUUUUUUUUCCCCAAACCGCUACUCGCUAAGAAACCAGCCGUACAAUGGCAGGAUGCUGUCACUCACAAUGCUAGACGGCUUUGCCUUAAACCCACUUCAACCUUCCUGACAAGUCCGUCGCCCUACAGGCCACCUCUAAAGAAAUUAUGUCAAAAGACAGUUUAUUUUUACUGGUUAGUUUACAUGUAAGUUUUCUGCUUGCCGUAGUUAAAUACACUAGAACCCCGAUGUCACGAACCCCGGAUUUAACGAAGCAGUGAUUUUACGAAUACAUUCUCGGGAACCGUCAAAAAAUUUGACUUUUUGAAUAAAAUGUGAAAAUCAGAACAACAAAACGAAAUGAAAGAUCAUUAAAAUCUGUUAAUUUUAACACACAGCGUAUUUUUGUGUCGACUUUAACACUUCCAAUAAUGUUCAUGUAAGAAUAACAAAAAAAUAAUGGGACAUUUCCUUUAAAAAUAUGGCAGCUGUAGGUUCUGCAACGCGAGUGGGCGCACACGAAGCUCGCCCGGCUGGCUGGCGGCAGUAGCUUCAUGACGCAUAAGCUCACCUCUCCCUCCCUCCCUCCACUAUCGUUAACAUUCUUCAAGGCUAGCUCAUCCCUCCCAGACACACAAACCAUCUAGUGUCCUCCCUUAUAACACCCCAACUUCGCUUCCUUUGAAAAACCUUCAGUGAGAAAAUGCUCAUUUCACCCUCCCUUCUCCCGUAAAAUGGCUAUUAUGAAUGGUGUAUUAAAGCGGUGAGGGAGGGGUCAAAAUAUGUCACUUUUCACACCAAGUUCGAGUUCAGUCAUCUCUGGCAAGGAAUUUACAAGCUUUCAAACUUAAAUAUACAGUAGAAUCCCGCUGAUGCGCCCCCUCACGGUUUCCGGAAAAACGGACUUAUAAACGGAAUGGUCUCAAUAGAGAAUUCGGGCCAAUUUUGACCCCCCACCCCCCCUCCCCAAUUCGGGCCAAUUUUGACCCCCCACCCCCCUCCCCCCCCAAAUACAUAAAAAAUCGCCUUUGUUCGUAUAGAUUUCAUAUUCAAAUAGUCUAUGGUGUAAAAAUGACAACUUUUUAAAUUCAUAUUACAGUAUUUAAAUAGCACGAUGUCUCCCGAAAAAAACGAUACCCUAGAAAGCAAUAUCGGAGCUCCCAUUGCCGAGAAAAAAAAUUUUCAACACAGUGCAGCGUGUCCAUUUUCGCCAUCUUUGUAUAGAAAAAACAGACGAUUUAGUGUUGAAAUGAUAACUUUUUAUUAAAGGUUUAUUAUGUCUCUUGCGGGCUGUAUUAGUGUGGCGUUUGAAAGGUUGCGUCCCGUGACAACGGGUGGUCUGGCGGCGCUUACCGCUCUGGUCCUUCCGGCUGACGUGCAGGAAUGCGAGAAGUAGGGUAAGCGCGUGUGUGUGCUUGUGUGUGAGAGAGAGAGAGAAAGAGAGUGAGAAAAAAAGGGGGGGGGGGACUGAAGGUGAAGAGAGAGCAGGCCCUGUCAGCAAGUGUGUUUGUGGGAGGGGGAGACAGAGAUAAAAGAGAGCGAGCGCUGCAGCAAGCGGAAGUAGUGAAGGUCGACAUUUACCGUCACUCUCUCGCUAGCUAACGAUGCUGCUGGUCGCCAGCCUUCUUUAUCUUAUCUCUCACGCACACUUGAAGCACCUAAUACUUCGGCACGGAACAGGGACGGCAAAAGAUGCGCGCGCAGAUGCUAUCAGGUGAUGCGCGCAGUAUACCGGUAUUUGCUAGCGUGGACAGUCUAUUGCUUACAGUACAGCUCUCGCCAAGAUAAACGUGAACACAUAGCGCCCAACAAAGUGUAACAGACUUGUUUUACAGCCGAUUUUACUCAAAUUUUCGACUUUCUCUGCUCAAAUUUUUCACGGUUCCUCAAAAAUCGGUCGUAUAAACGGAAUGGAAAGGAAUAUACCGAAUAAAAUCAAGCUGCUGUCAUCAAAGCAUAAAACGGCCAAAUGCGUGGUCGCUUCGUUAUUGCUCGCGCGAGAGGUGAGAUGUGGAAUGUUAGAAGAAAGAUAAAUGCGAGGGAGACAGACGGCAGCCAGUGUGUUGCCUGCGUGAGAAAUAAGUGGCGUAGCCUUUUUUUGUUUAUGCUGGGUGAAGCGACCUUUUUCUAUCAACCCACGGGAAAAGAUAAUUGCUUGAGCUGUCAAAAUAAACAUCGCUGCGGCAGUUAAAACAAGUCGGCACUCGGCAAGAGAAACGCAGUAACACGCUACUCACUACAAGAAACUUAUUUUCUUUCCGAUUUUCUUCGGAUUUUCGGCAAUUUUUUCACGGUUCCUCGAAAUCGGGUUGUAAUAGAGAGGUGGUCGCAACAAAUGGGGUCGCAACAAAAAGGUUUUACUGUAAAUAGUUUUUAGGCCCACGCGACAGCCAUAUUUACCGUUAAUAAAUACUGUGUAAGUUAUUAUGGCAUCACACUUUGUUAGUCACAUAGCAGUAUUUCUGCUGGAAAAUAACAAACUUAGAAAUUACUUGGAUAGAAAAAUUUAGCUGGGCUGUAAAUAUAUUUAUUUUACCGUAAAUGAACUAUACUCACCUUUCCCUCCACAUUCCAACAUUUCCGGUGAUGAUGCAUGUGAAAGAAGAAAGAAAAGCAAUUGAAUAGCGACUUCCCCUCCCUAUGGCCAAUCGCUGGCAACCUAUAGUUAUUUUAAAAACAUGUCGCAUUCCUCACAUCCGCUAGGGAUGUUCACUAAAAAACAUUGCUUAAAAUGGUAUAAGUGAUGCUGUUUGUAGGCAAAGAGUGUAGUUUUUCAACAAAGCUAUGAAUAGUGCUCAAAAAUAAAAUGGCAUAAGUGAUGCAGUUUGUAGGCAUGACGAGCAGUUUUUCAACUAAGCUCUUUUCAACUUGCUAGGCAAACAAAUAAUUCCUGAUGUCUUUCAAAACUUCACUGGUUUCUCGCACUAAAAUGUACAGUAUGUUUUAAUAAAUGUGUUUGUAAUUAUAGUGCAGUGUUUUUCUUAACCACAAACGCGUGUGAUCAUUUUUAUGAAACCGUAUAGGUGUACACUGAACUACAUAUGUCCUUAUUCCCCUCAAUUCUAGUAAUCAGUGUGUGUUUGGAAACAUUUUUAACGGCGAGCUAUUCAAGAUUAAUUUAUGAAACUGAUAAGGGGAAGCACGUAGAAAUACAAGGCAGGAAAUUCUUCUAGCUUAUCAACAAGGCCUUGGCCAAGUCUUGUCUAACCAUUAGUACUUCACCCCUCCACAUUUCCUGUAAAGAUUGAAUACUGGCAUAUCUUUUGAGUAGUAUCAGUGGUGCCAAAAUAAGCAGGAAAAGGAGGCUGAACAUAUGGUUUGCUUGUCUAUUUUAUGUAAGAAAUGUCUAAAAUGUGUAGGCCUGUAAAAAAAUAAAUAAAGAGAGGUUAUUAGUAUUAACUUUCCACAUGCUGUUCACAACUAGAAGUCACUAGCCACACGAUCAUAGGAAUAACAGUGUUUAUGAAAGUCGGGUAUGAUUACACCACACGAUACACUGUAAUGUACGGUAGAUAUUUUUUAAUGUUUGCUACGGGGGAGACGCAUGCAUCCGAGACCGGCCGCCUGUUCGCGUGGCAACGGACUGACGAGGAGGACCAGCGCAUAAUUCACGUUCACAUGAUGCGGCCGGUGGUUAUUUUUUUUUUUUGUUGCAUUAAUAGUAUUGAACAUUUAAUGUUAUUUUAUUUACUAAGUCCAAAUACACACAAAUAGCAAGAUUUAUUUGGUGGGCGGGUGGUAGGGAGAUAAUUGGCCACCCCCGAUUUUACGAAGUUAGCAAUUUUACGAAUGCAAUCCGUGGAACCGUGAGCAUACUUAAAAUCGGGGUUCUAGUGUAGGUACACGGUAGAUAAAUUACCCACUAAAUGAUGAGUUCCUGCAACAGGCUAAGUCUGUGAUAUUUUCUUUGCGAACAAGUGCUUCCUAUUCAUACUCCCAACUGAAAUUUAGAAUACUACCAUAAGUAAUGUUGGUGAUUUUGACAGCCCCUCACAACAGUUGUUCAACAGAGAGAAUGAACGACGAACGACUUAAAAUCGGGCGGAGCCAAGCAGUUCAAGUAAUGGCCGGUUGAAGCGCCACCAUCAACUGUGGGACAGAGAAUGUAAACAAACAGCCACUGAUAAUGGAAUAAGCUAUGUUGAGAGAGUUACCGUAGACAAAAUCAUUAUUAAUUUUAAUUCAUUUAAAUUUGGUUUAAGGAUUUAGCUUUAUCGAGGACUUGGGAAGCUAGAGGCUUAAAAAAAUGCAUAAAGUUUUCAUGUUUCUACGUAUUAUAACGAUGUGCGGAUAGCGACACCUGGUAAGGACAUGUUUGUGAAAGCCUAUUUCUAUCCACAGCAAAGAAAAUAAAAAGCCCGGAUUUAUGUAUUUUCCUGGAGAGGAAAAAUGAGCUAAUGGUUCUGAAAUCCCUCAAGCAUACUUUGCUUUAAAGCAGAGCAAAUAGUUUUGAUUUACGUUUUGUGUAGAAAUAUUGCAGUGUUUGUGUUGAUUAUAUGGAAACUGUUGGCUGAUUACUUAAAAAAAAAUACCUAACUUCAAAAUAAAUUGUCAGUAAAUAUUUCAGAUAACCAGUAUGUCUUCUACAUUGAAGUUAUCCUUAAAACUAAAAUAUAUUGUAUUUUAUUCAGAAGUACAUAUUAUUAAAGCUGAAAUUCAUUUAUAACAGCUUGAAGAACUCCCGUCCCUCAUAGUUAUUUGAGUGUUAUUUUAACUCGCAUAUCUUGAAUAUAGGUAUUUCCUUCUUCACGUGUAUAGCAUUAACGUCUGGCAACUCAAAAAUGUUGCCUGCUCUAUUUUUAUUCACUGAGUAGCACAUGUUACUACAAAAAUUUAGAUUUUUUUACCCCUGCAAUUUGCAGGCACUCUCAUAGUUUGAUAAGGUAAUUCAAGUGUGUCACGGUCUUUCCGUAAAAAAAAAAAUACAAAAGAAGGAAUAUUUAAGUUCUUCUAAUGUUCUUUGAGUUCCCUAAAAAAACUGUGUUUGGAAAUUCCUAGUGGAUUUGGAAAUACUGAAUAGUGCGAAUGGCAAUAAAGUCUAGGUAAAUGGUGAGGUGAAAACACUAUAAACAAGAUAUAUAUUGAAAAAUAAUAUAAUAAUUAUAAUAGUUUUAAAAUUGAACUUGGAAAUACCAUUUUGCGACUUACGGAAAAUCUGCUACCCUUUAUAGGCCGUGCUGUAGGUGUCGAAAUGUACAAUUUUCACAAUUUGUCUGUGUUUUUGUAGGGUAUAUGUACUUUAAAAUUAUAGGAUCUAGACAAAUGACUUCCUACAAAAUUUGCAAACUUAUUUGCUACACUGGUUUUGUUUAUUACCAAAUUGUGUUAUAUCUAAUUAUUAAUUAGAUAGUAGACACAGACGCAACUGUGUUAAUGUGGCAGGCCCUUAAGGGGAUUGGUGCACCAGCAUCGUAUUAAAAAAAAACAAUAUAUUUGUUAAUGAUUCAGCUGCUAGAGAAGAUUUGAACCAUUCUGGUAUAAAAUUUAUUUUUUUAAUUUUUAUUUUAAUUAAGUUAUUGCUGAUUUUCGGGAAUUUUAUAAAUUCAAGCUUUAUUAAUAAACUAUAAAGAAUUCAGUGGUAAAACUUUCGCAGAUAAAUUUUCAGACACGGGAGAUAUGACUGUGACCAUUAUUUUAUCUGUAAUCAUUAUUAAUUUAACGUAUUUAUAAUUUGAAUAAUAAUAAAUGAGCUGCUACGAAAUUGCGUGAUAUUCAUUUGCGAAUUUAAUAACAUUCGCGUUUUCAUUUGUAAUUCAAACGCCAACAUAUCUGUCGGCUGAAUGAUUGACUUUAUUUUAGUCUUUAGCUUAUUGCAGUCGGACCUAAAGUAAAAACGUAGCUGUAGAAGUUUGAGCAGCGUGCAAGCUCGGAUACGAGAAAUUAUGGAGCGCGCUGGACAGUAGUGACACCUUGCGACAGUUUCCCCAACUGUUUGCAGCCAGUGUUUUCUCUCGUUCCCACCCAGCCACAGCUGUCUCCUGUUUACGAAGGGGAGACGGGAUUUCGCGCGAAACUGAUAUGAAGGUCAACGUAUUUAUUUUCAGUAGAUAAGAGAACGUGUUUGGUCUAGCUCGGCGUAUAAUUGAAUGGUUAUUCUCUGUUAUUAUUUAGCACAGUGAUUUAGCUAGAUGUUUUUUGUUGUAAACGUGAGAUUUAUUCAGGAAUAAAAUGCCGAAGAAACCUCCACCAAGCAGAGUACACAAAAGAACAAAACUAUCGAAAGCCAUUAGAGCGCUUAGAAAAAAGAAUAAAGAAAGAUAAGAGAUUAUUUUAUUAUAGCUUUUUUAACAUACAUUUAUUUUUCAGAGUUGCGUAUGUACAACGCGAUGGACGCGAUGCGACAACAAAAAGAUGUGUAAAAUUGUAAAAAUGCUUUUUUUUUUAGCAAUGCGUGAACCAUUCAUUAACUAUACUCAACAUGUAUCCGUAUAAUUACGUUUGAAUUUUUUUUAUGACAGGCAUCAAUGUUAACAAGUUUAUUAAGCCACUAUAGACUUUUUUUCAGAAAAAUAAGUGUAGCAGAAAACACUCAACAUAGUCUCACACAAAAUCAGUUUACAUGAAUGCAGUUUUAAGAAGUAAGCUACGUAAAUAAUAGUUAAACAUUAUUUAAUAUCUGCUGGUAACGUUUCCAAAGUAUCAGCUUCGCCUUCAUUCACGAACAAUAUUCGUGGCCUUAUUUAUUUAUUUUGCUGGCGUUUCGUUGGUGACUGUUAGGACUGCAAAAUUAGUAAACAUUUUUCACCCUAUCCUGAGUUAAAUCUAAGUGUACGCGGUUAGAUGAGGACCUAGAUGUGUCUCAUGCUUACGCCUUUACACUCUACUCAUGCGGGUAUUAACCAUGCGCGUAAGGGCACGUUGCCAAUGACCUGUACGAUAGUCUCAACAAUCCUCUACGGACUCGAAAAAUGUCACCUGCUCAUUGGCUACUUGACUUGUGACAACUGUUUGUUGUAAUGCCUGUGAUUCAUCGUUGAUUUUGUUGAGGAGUUUUCAGUGAUUCAGAGCCUCCCAUUUAACUGUGGCCGAAUUGAAGAAGCAGUACAAAUGUUACAUGCUUGAAUUCAUAGCGAAUGGAAACCAUAAAUAUUUACUGAUGUAGUGGUUGGUAAAAAAAAUAUUAUUCGUAUCGCGUCCAUCGCUUCGCGCCAUGUUGGCUCCUAUAUUAUUAUGGAUUUACAAAAUAUAACGAUUCAUUUACGACACUUAAGAUAAGGUGUUUAGGAUUUUAAGAAUUCACUUGAAUUAAUAUUUAAGAACAUAUUUCAGGAUAACUUGUGAAGACGCUCGUACAGACAGCACCGGUUGUGAUGAGUAAUUGUUACCAGAGCAGGUGUACACGAAGUGGCAUGUGAAACCUCAACACAACUCGAAAAUCAGUACCGUAAACCGGGGUAACUUUGGGACUGGGGGUGUAAAUUUGGGACAGUGGGUAAUUUCCGGCUUUAGGAUUUCCUGUCAAGGCCAUGUAUUUAGAAGUGGUACGCAAUCACCGCUUCUAUAUUCGCUGGUAUGUGCUACUAUCUCAUGGCAUUUAUUUGAAGCUGUAGUUGCACUGGUGGGAUAGAGGCAGUGGAUUUGGUUUCAACCACAUGUUGUUAAUAUUUUUGUUUUUGUGUAAACUUUUGUACGCACUUUAAAAACGGCAAAUACUUCACGAAAGACAGGUAUGUAUUUGAAGAAGUACAAGCCUUGACAUCCAUUUAAUGUGAUGCUAAUGUUUUUGAUACUUGCAUUUUAUUUUAUAACCUCAAAAUAGUAAAUUUUCAUCACUUAGUAGGGUAACUUUGGGACUGUCCCAAAGUUGCCCAAAAGUUGGCGUAAUAUGUUUUACUGCAUUUUUUCUUCAUAUUUUUCAGAAUAAAGCGACCAACCAUGCCAAUAAAUCCCAAACAUGUUCUUGGUACACGGCCAUAUAAAAAUUACACAGAGGAAAACUUGAAUGAAGCCUUGCAAGCUGUACGGAACAAAACAUUGUCGAUUCGCAAAGCUUCAACAAAAUAUGGUAUUCCAAAAAACACUUUGCACCUAAAAAACCAGGAAAACCAAUUUAUAGCUGUCGACCGAGCUCCUGUUUUCACAAAUGAAGAGUAGUUGCAAUUUGUAAGUCACAUUGUAGCCGUGUCUAACUAUGGAUUUCCUGUGGAUAUGUUUGACCUUCGAAGUGUUGUCAAGUCCUACCUGGACCACUGUGGAAGAAAGGAGCUACGAUUUUAAAACAAUUUACCAGGAAAUGAUUGGGCUGAAGGGUUCAUGCGACGGCACAAAGCAAUAUUAACUCAGAGAACAGCAAAAAAAUUUCUUACUCUAGAGCAGCAACAGAAGAAAAGGUUGUGAAUAAGUUUUUUGAUAAUUUGUAAAAGGAGCUGAUAGGAAUUCCAAAAGUGAAUAUUUGGAAUUACGACGAAACAAAUCUUUGUAGACAAUUCUGGAACCAGAAAAAUCAUCACGAAGAGGGGAAUUAAGUACCCUGAGAGCAGGGGUGCAACAAUUAAAUUUCCAAAGGAGGGGGCAAUAUAACUUUUUAUAAAGAAUCAUCGAUCCCCCGUAUUGAAGCGGGGGGUCCGGGGGUCCUCCCCCGGGAAAAUUUGUAUUUCAAGGUGGAAAAUGGUGCUAUUUAAGCAGUUUUAUUAUCUAAAAAUUGAUUACACAGCACUUUCUUUGCCCCCGUUUGCCCCCACUUCAAGGUUUCAGAAGGGGGGGGGGGGGGGCAAAAUACCCUUGCCUCCCCCUGUUGUUGCGCCCCUGCCUGAGAGGAUAAAAAAAUUGUCUAAAGCGUGCACAUCUAUAAUUGUUUGUGGAAAUGCAGCAGGGGAUGUAGCACCACCUUAUGUAAACUAUAAGGCGGAGAAGAUUUGGACAACUUGGACUGAAAACGGACCCUCGGGUACUCGAUACAAUAGAACUAAAUAUGGUUGGUUUGAUGGGCAUGCUUUUGAAGACUGGUUUACAUCCUUAAUGUUGCCUGUUCUAAACCACCAGGAAGGACCAAAAGCUAUCAUCGGUGAUAAUCGUAGCUCCCACAUCAAUAUGGAGGUUAUAAGGCUGUGUGAAACAAACAACAUAAAAUUCAUAGCACUUCCUCCAAAUGCUACCCCACCUCCUACAGCCACUGGACGUGGCUUACUUUCGACAAAUGAAAGUUGCCUGGCGAAAGGUACUAAAAAAUUGGAAGAAAACUGCAGCUGGAAGUCGGUGUACAUCUGUACCGAAGGAUCAAUUUCCAACACUUUUGAAAAACCUCUUCGAUGGCUUGGUUACAGGUCCAGAAAACAUGAUUUCCGGAUUCCGCAAGUCAGGAAUUUAUCCUAUUGACAGACAGGUGGUUCUAAAAAGAUUGCCUUCAGGGAGCCUAGAUUCAUCUAUUUCUUCCCUUGUCUGGAAGAGCUUCCUAGAAAAAAUUACAAAAAACAGGAAGAAACUACCAAAGUCCGCAAAAUCCUGAGAAAGAAGAAACUGAAUGUUCUUCCAGGAAAAAGUGUUUCAGCAGAAGAACUUAAAGCUGUUUCGUUACCACCAUCUGAACAUCACCAAUCUGCACCUGAUCCCCAACCAUCUACUUCCAAAUGUGCGGAAGCACUACUGCAUGUACCACACCAGAAAAAACGAAGAAGAGAGAGCAGCACUGAGAGCAGCAGUGAUGAUGGUUAUGCUAAGUUUUCGCUAAGAGACUCUGAAGACAGCGUAACUUUCAGUGACUUGGAAGAGCAAUGUGCUCCAUUAAUGCCAAGCCUACAACCUUAAAGUUUUCUUGAGAACCUGGCGGUGAGAGACUACAUUUUGGUGAGGUACGAAGACGAACUGUACCCGGGGCGUAUUGUCGAAUUUAAAAAUGAUGAUAUACUUGUAUCAGCUAUUAAGAAGUCUGCCUUAAACUGGAAAUGGCCAGCAAAGCCCGACAAAGUUUUCUAUUCAAAGGAUGAAAUAGUCCAAAAAAUUACCAACCUGUACAAAUAGGCCGACUGGAAAUUUUUAAAGUCAAAGAACUUUCCUAAUAUGAUAUAAGAAUAUAUUGUAAACUAUUUGUUACGCUUAUUUUUACUAAUUAUUUUGUAAAUAUUACUUUAAUUUACAAUUUAAUGUGCUAAAACCUUUUGUAAUAUGAUUUCAAUACCAAGCUUCAUUUCUGAAAUAAGAAACUUAAGUGUAACAUUGGGACAAAAUUAUUUUUACUAGUGUUUAUAGGUAAGCGAAAAAGUGUAUUGUCCCAAUCUUACCCCAAUUAAUGGGGUAAGAUUGGGACAACAAUGUAGGCUGUUUAUUAGAAUAUUUUUGGUCCUAGAAUAAAAUUAUGACAAUAUUUUGUAAGAGGAAGGUUAAAUACUUAUAAUAUCAUAGCUUCAUCAAUCUAUAUUAAUGUCAGCUAACAGGAGUAGUAAAAAACUGGAAAAAGUGUCCCAAAGUUACCCCGGUUUACGGUAUGUGUUACAUUGAAAUGUGUCCGCUACAAAUGUUCAGGAAUUAUAAUUUUGAAAUCGAGUAGAAAUAUUCCUGCAAUUAGCAUUAGGUAUAUUUUAAUAGACAUUGAAAGAGAAUCAUUAAGUAGCUUCAAAAUCCAAAUACCAGAAUACAGAUAGUCUGUAACAAUACAGACCUCACCGACUAGAUAUGGUCCAGAUUGUUAAUACUAACACAUAUGAAAAAAUUGACUAGUUACUGAAUAUGUUGAAAUUUUGUAAACCUGUUACUUUAGAUGAUUGGUGAUGUAAUAAUGUCUCUUGGAAAGUACAUAAGAUUUUAACUGCUGUUAUUUCUCCAUAAAUCGCAAAUCACCAUGGCGGCCAUUUUACGAUCACGAUUUAGUUCUUAAAUUUUAAAUUAGUUUAUUUUUUGAGAGCCUGGUACAAUUUGUCUGACCACUAAAGCGAUCCGAGCCGCGUAGUGUAUACUACUGCGUGGUUGCCAAAGUAGGCUCGGGUCGGGACGAAUUUAGCUGUGAAGAAACAAAGGGUUUUAAUACAUGGAAAAUUAUUCCAAAGCCGAAAAUUUGUACAGUGGUAGAAUGAACAUUUCUUAGUAACACGCAAACCUUGUGCGUCACACCAAAAACGAGCAGUUAAAUCCAAAAUGACAAUUUUUUGCAACGAUCCACAAUAAUGGAUAUUGCAAAUGCAGUUUAUGGAGUAGACAGUCAGUAUGGAACCCAAAAUAAUCUAGAAACAUUGCCCUAUCUGAGGAUAGUGAUAAAAAGCACAAAGUUUAAACAUGUUUCUAUAAAAUAGACCAUUUAAAUCAUUAAAGUUAACGAAUUCACUUUCAUUCAAUUUUAAGGAAAUAUAAAUACAUCUUACAUAAACUUAAAGAGCCCAACGUGGAAAUCGCUUAAAGUAAACGUUGUUGCAUAUUUAUUCAUCUUUAAAUUGGUAUAUUUUUUAAGUGUCUCAUACAAUUAGUCUGACCACUAAAGCGAUCCGAACCGCGUAGUGUAUACUACUGCGAGGUUGUGGAAGUAGGCUCGGGUUGGGACGAAUUUCGCUGUUAAGAAACAAAAAAAUUUAAUACAUGGAAAAUUAUCCCAAAGCAAAAAUUUUGUACACUAGUAGAAUGAACAUUUCUUAGUAACACGUCAUAAGCUUACCGAUGAAACCUUGUGAUCACACCAAUAAUGAGAAGUUGAGUCCUUAAUGAUAAUUUCUACAAUGAUCCACAAAAAUGUUUCGUAAAUGUAAUAACUUUAAUACUUUUUUAAGUCGGUUCUCAUUAUGGUACCAAAGUAAUAUAAAAUAAUGUCUUACAUGGUAAUUGUGAUAAACACCUCAAAGUUUAAACGUCCUAUUAUUAAAUUGGUAAUUUUAAUCAUAAAAGGUAAGAAAAAAAUUUUUUUUUUUAUAGAAAUUUCACUACAUGUUACAUAAAUAUGUUGAGCGUAGCGUCAAAAUUACUUCAUAAAUAUUGUCUGUUUUUUUUUUUUUUUUUUUCAAGGUUUAAAUGUGUAUAUUUUGAGUGUCUGGUACAAUAGUCUGACCACUGAUGUAUUUCAAGCUGCGUAGUGUGUGUGCAGCAGUGUUAAAGUCGCUCGUGCUGGGACGUUUUUUGCUCCAGAAAACUAAGGUUUUUAAUGUAUGGUAAUUCCAGACUGAAGUUUACUCUGAAAUAAUAAAAGUUUCCUAACUACAAGUGAUUUUUGCUGCAAACGUAGAUAAAAAUCUUCCAUGAUGCGAUUUGCUUAGGUAAAAAUUUUAGUAUGAUCAACUCUUUAAUUUCUAAAUUAUAAAUAAAAAACAACAAUAGAACUUCCCAGAAAGUUGUGAUAAAACUGACGAUAUUGCGCGAGUAGCAGACCCGUACGUGACUACAGAGAAAGGCUAUUUUCCUUGACCAUUAAGAUUUCUGGGACGAACACCCUCUCACAGCUAGGGUCAUAAAAUACGGUCAAACUCUUGCAAAAACAUCCACCACCGCUCUUUGCCACUAGCAAUUUAACGAAGUCAGCUAGGCGCAGCACUCCAAUAAAUUAACUUAGAAAAAAAUACUAAAUAUGUAAUUCUAUCAAUACAUUUUACAACACAACUUAUGUUUUAUUUAUUUUCUGGAAAAAAUAAUAUUAUCAUACGAAUUAUGUUAUAAAAGUGACAAAACUCAAUAAGUAAAUUUACGGUGUAUAGUUUUCUUCAAUUGUUAUGUAGUAAACUAAUUUUAUACAAUUAAAAAUAUAUUUUUUAUAAUAUAGGCUACAUUAAAAUUUUGCAUAGUUCUGAUCGAAAAUAAUAUACUGUAUUAGAAAUAAAAAAUAAAUAUAUUUUUUGGUAUUAAAAUAAUUUUUAAUAAUAAAAUUUUUGUAACAAAAUACGAACACACAUAUAUAUGAAACUAGAGGUCCUCUAGAAUUUUUAUUUACAAGUUCCAAGCAGAAAUGGUUUAGCUAUUGUUAAUUUUAUUGUCUCAAAAAUCAUUCAUAUAAGAAAAAAGAAUAUGUAUAUCUCAAUAGAUGUAAAAUGAAUACACCCUAUCAUAUGCUUUAAAUAUAUUUUAAGUAAUCCUUAAAUAAGACCAAGUUUAUUGAGUGUCGCAGUACGCAGCGUGUUUCAAAGCCCGCCGGCCGUGAAAGAUCAGUACGGCCGCAGUACACUGCAACGCUCGGGCAGCUUUAAUGAGGCAGCUAAUUAUGCUAGACUCCUUAUAAAUAUACUAUCUUAAAGCUAAAAGUAUAAAUAUAAACAUUUAUUUAGACAUUUUAUCGCAUUGGGCUCUUCAAAUCGGUGUAAAUCGUAUUUUUAUCUGGGUGGCAAAGAUUAAAAAAAUAUGUCGUGAAUUAAUCUUAAAUAUUAAAAAUUUAAUUUUUUCUUACAUUAAUGGGUGAAUUACAGUUUCUCGAUUAUUUUGGUAAGUUUACGGACAGUCAAAAUUAAAAACUGUAUAAAUGGGUAGCAUUUUAAUGUUUUGAAUUUGCUGUCACCUAGGACUUAAAUGCAAAUUUUCGGUUAUAACGCACAAGGUAUACAGCGGUAAACUUUCGGUAUGUUAUUAAGCACAGUCAACUCUACCAGAGUACAAAAAUCUGGAGUAACACGAAAGUCUACACGGGGAAGGGCGGCUACCUGAUCCGAGAAUGAAGGAUAGGGCGAGAUGGGAAGCGAAGAUAAGAGCUGGUUAUCGCGGUUCGCUUUCCGUCCGUGUUGGAGAGAGAGGGAGAGAGAUAGAGAAAGGCGAUAUUGUGGAAGACCUUCGAAAGAUUCCCGCUAGAUGGCAGGCCUCAGAGCUGCAACCUUCGACAACCUCCCCUCACAGAAGCUCACUCGCCACUAACUUGCCAAAUCUAACCCGCUAGCUUAUAUACGUGCUGGCUGGCCUUACAGUAGUAAUAAACAAGCAUUUAUGAAACACUUAAGCUCAUUUCCAACAAAUUCUGACGAAUGACUGUUUUUUGUCCUGCACCAAUCCCCUUAAUACUGUCCGUAUAAACACACGGUUUUAAUCUUGCGUUUAAUUUUCAUUGAUUUAAUUUUGAAUAUCCAAUAAAAAUGUGAAACUGUCUUUGUUUAGUAAAUAGCUUUCUGAGAUUUUGUUUUCAUGUUCUAGGCCUGCUUACAUUUGAUCUGUAAUGACAUUUUCUGCUUGGAGGGGGGCGGGGGGGUACCUUAGUUUCCUAGGCAAUGUGAAUGUAAAAGUACUCUGGAAAUGUUAUUUUUCUUUAGUAAUUUAACACGGCAAUUAACUUUAUCUGUAAUCUGCAGCGACACACACGCACGUGCGCUGAGAAUUGGAGUUGUGCGUUCAUCCCGGCAAACUUUAAUUUUCAUUAUUUUAAACAUUCUUUUUUUUUUUUUAAAUAAUAAAAGUGUGAAAUGCUAUAUAAGGUGUAAAACAUGACCUCUUACAGUGAGGGACGAAAUAAAAUUGUACCAUUAUUUCAACGCGAGAAGAAUGGAAAAAUAUUAAAUGCUUCCUUGCUUGCGGCCAUACGCACCAUUAGGAAGCAAAGCGACUGCUUUGUGUCCCACAGUUUCUCCCCUCUCCUUGUGUGUCACGUGACGCAGUGACGUCAGAGAGCUGGCACCUCUACGUCUAUUCUCGGCAGUGUUUGUCACAACCAAACUGAAUUCACAUUAUCUUUAUGUACAGCAACUUUGAGCGCUCUAAUGGUGCACAAAGUAAAUGCAGUUUAUUCAAAGAAGUGUGCUAUAAAAACACAUUUACUCCCAAGUAAAUUGAAUAAGCAAAAACAUGCAAUGGUGUGGUUGUUAACAGGCGAUAAUUAGUAAGAGUGUUGAAAAGAACAUGAAGAUAGUUAUUUUUUUCUUCAUUUUUCAGACUGAUAAGUAUGCUUGGAAGGUUGCUAUCACCUCUAAGUUAAUAUCUUUUGAAAAUAUUUGUGGCCGAACAAUGCAAUGGAGGUAUCAAGUUAAAAUUUUGGAAAUAGCCCUUAAAAAAAAAGUGGUUGAAAAAAAAAUCAACAUAGCAUGCGAGACAGAGCUUUAAUAAGCCAAGGCUGAUUUUUUUUUCCUCUCAGAAGUUUUUUUUUAUUAUUUAAUCAGAAACAAGAAGUCUAAUUAUUUAGUUUAAAUAGCUCAGAUGUGCUUAGUAAUUUCAUGGAAAUUCAUUUGUAAGGUUGAAGGCAGGUGGCAACAUGUCACCAUUUUUCUUCCUACUGUUACUUAGGUUUCUCUUUAUAUUUGUAAGUACUGUAUUCUGGGGCAAAGCUAAAUUUUAACCUCCUGGCAUCAUGCCGUAUAUUCAUCACAUAUUAUUGUCAUUUCCUCUGCUUGGUUUAUAAGUUAGGGUUCCAGAUUUGUAGUAGUAUGUAUUUUCAUUUUGAGGAGCAAAUGAUUCAUGGGUGAGAAAUUUUAGAGCUGGUCAGGAAUUUAAUUCUAGACAGUUUGGCUUCCUGAUCAGUAAAUUAGAACAAAAUAUUUUAAUAAUUUCAUCCACAAAAAAAUUUGGGUUUGAGAUUCAGAUUUGAGAAUUGCAGUGUCGGACCCACCCCUGCUAAAAAGUCGGUAGAGAAGUUUUAUAGCCAGUUUUGAAAUAUGUCGCUCUGCAACUGAUGUGAGGAAUGGAAUACUCAUUUCAUCGUAAAUAUAUAGUGUUGUAUGUUCCUGUGAGCAAUAUGAGUUUGAAUGUCUGUUUAUAACUUUAUUUAGUAUUGAAUUAAUUUUAACAGAAUUUUUUCCCUUUUUUACAUUAUGGAAUGUAUUGGUCAGUAACUAAAGCUAGGUGCAAUUUUUAUGAGGGUCAGUAACAAAAUAAGAUGCAGUUUUUUAUAAUAAAUAUUUAUGAAAGUGAAAUUAAAAAAAAAAAUUUUGUUGAAGGAUAAAAAAUUAAAUUUGAGUACAUUGUAUUUAUUGUAAUGCAUAUAAAUGUAUUUUCACCUUAUUUUUAGUAUUUUUUUUACUUAGGUAAGCAUUUUUCCUCAUUUAAUUUAAUGUGUUUGAGCUUUUGUAGUCUGUGAUAUGUUGUGAUAGAUAUCUUUCAUGCUUUUUUGAAUGAAAUAUGUGAAUUUUGUAUUUAUAUUUUUUUUUAUUAUUGGAGCAUUAAUGUACAUUAACUUCCAAUAUCAUCUUUUUUUUUUAAUAAAGGUCAUGUGUAAAUAA